AUGGCUGCUGGGCGGUCAAUUAUGCCAAAGACCGAAGAACAGCUCUCUGGAAGCAACGGACUCCCUCCUCAUGUCGAAGAUGAGCACGCGAGGCGCAUCCUUCUGCGUCAGCUCGAUGGGCUACCAGUGGACUCGUCGAGAAAUUCCACAGUGUUCGCCUACGCCCAGCCCUUAGAUGUAGCUCUGAUUGCCAUAAGCACUCUUUCGGCCGUCGUCGCCGGUGCCUUGAAUCCUCUUCUUACAGUCGUCUACGGUCUUCUGGUAGGCACGUUCCAAAAACAUACAUAUGGAAUGGUGAACAGCUCGCAGUUAUCCUCCAAUGUCUCCCAGUUCACUCUCUACUACGUCUACCUUGGGAUCGCGGAGUUCGUCCUGAUUUACAUUGCAACCGUUGGGUUCUACUACUCUGGGGAGCGAAUUACGCGAAACCUACGGCAGGCAUACCUCAAGGCGAUUAUCAGGCAAAAUAUUGCUUUUUUCGAUACUAUUGGUCCAGGAGAGGUUACGACAAGAAUAACGGGAGAUAUGAAUAUCGUUCAGGAAGGAAUCUCAAGCAAAAUUUCAAUAUUUCUUACCGCCAUUGCCACAUUUUUGUCGGCAAUUAUUAUCUCCUUUAUCGAAAACUGGAAACUCGCGUUGAUUCUGCUCUCCACCUCCAUCCUCCUAGGAGGAGCAGAAUUUCUGGGUGCCUCGUUUGCUUUAAAGUACAGCAGAAAAAACUCUGCAUCCCUAGGUAAGGGGGCGUCGGUAGCAGAAGAAGCAAUCAGCUCCAUUCAGCAUGUUUCCGCCUUUGGAAUCCAGGGUGCCAUGGCCAGACGCUACCAGGCCUAUCUCAACAUUGCAGAGAAGUGGGGAGUGAAGAUGCGGCUGUCGGUAUCAUUCAUGAUUGGUGCCAUGAACGCACUUCCCUAUCUUACGUAUGCACUGGCAUUCUGGCAAGGCUCUCGCUAUAUUGUCAGUGGCGAGUCGACCGCGUCUGCAGUCAUUACUAUUGUUUUAGCGACAAUUAUUGGCGCCUUUGCUGUCGGGAGAGUUGCCCCUAGCGGUGAAGCAUUCAUCAGUAGUAUCUCUCAUGCGGGAACGAUUCUCAAAGCAAUUGCUCGCCAGUCGCCAUUAGAUCCGUUCUCUAUGAAAGGGCGACAGUUACCUGAGGUGCAAGGCAAUAUUGAACUACACAAUGUCAGCUUAGUAUACCCCUCCCGACAGGAUGUCCAGGUUCUGAAGCAGGUAAGUCUAAAGUGUCCUGCGAACAAGACCACAGCUCUGGUUGGCGCCUCGGGUUGUGGCAAAAGUAGCAUUAUCGGACUAGUUGAGCGCUUCUAUGAGCCUACUGGUGGACAUAUCACGUUGGACGGACAUAAGAUAUCCGAUCUAAAACUGAACUGGCUGAGACAACAAAUUUCCUACGUGGUCCAAGAACCAGUUUUGUUCAACCGCAGUAUUUUUGAAAAUAUUAUCCUUGGUUUGGUAGAUCCUGGAUUACCACGAUCAGAGCAGGAAAAACAAGAACUUGUGUAUUCUGCUGCUAAAAUUGCAAAUGCUCACGACUUCAUCAUGGCUUUGCCGCAGGGCUACCAAACUGAGGUCGGUGCCAAAGGGCUGCAGCUUUCUGGUGGUCAAAGACAGCGUAUUUGUAUUGCACGAGCAAUCAUUACCAACCCUAAAAUCCUCCUGCUUGAUGAAGCUACAUCUGCACUAGACGUCAAGGCGGAAAAAGCAGUUCAGCAGGCAUUAGAAUCGGCAGCUCAAGAUCGUACGACGAUUGUGGUGGCUCAUCGUUUAUCCACUAUCCGGAAUGCUGAUAACAUUAUUGUAAUGUCGAACGGCUCUGUUGUUGAGCAGGGGCAACACGAUGAGCUUAUGAGCCAAGGUGGAAUCUAUUCUCGUUUAGUAGAGGCUCAGCAGAUAGGUGCUUUGCCUGGGGACUCCGUAGAGGAUACACAAGAUGACUCCGUUUGGGAGGAGAAGCAAACACAAACCACCAUUCUAGCCAAAGGGUUAGACCAGGCUAAUAUUGAAACAAAGCCAGUUCCAGAAUGCAAUGUCGAUAGCCCCAAACCUCCGCAGCAAGAUGCCCAGCCAGAGCAGAGGCCGACCUUUAAGACAUACUUUCAGAUUGUAGCAAGACUUAACCGAGAGGAGGCAUUUAUAAUCCUUGUCGGUAUUUUCUUCUGCUUCAUUGCUGGCUGCGUGAUUCCAGUGCAAUCCGUCUUCUUUGCAAAAUCAAUCAAUGCCGUCUCUCUUCCAGCAUCUCAGUAUACCCAACUCCGCCACGAAAUCAAUUUUUGGUGUCUCAUGUUUCUGAUGAUUGCCAUUGUUAACUUCAUCGCAUGGAUUGGCCAAGGAGCAUGCUUUUCCUAUUCCACUGAACGUCUCUCCCAUAAAGGCAGAUACCAAAUGUUCCGAUCAAUUCUCCGACAGGACAUGACAUUCUUUGACCAAAAAGAACACUCGCCAGGCGGGUUGUCCUCGCUACUCUCUACUGCACCAACUGAGCUCUCAGGGCUUAGUGGUGCAGUAAUUGGGGCCUGCCUGACGUUCAUUGUCACUCUUGCAGGAGGAAUUAUCCUAUCACUGGCAAUUGGCUGGAAGCUCGCUCUUGUCUGUGCCGUAACGAUUCCAGUCAUGACGGGCUCCGGCUAUAUUAGACUAAGAGUCCUUUCACUCUUUGACAGCCAGAUGCGGGCAACCCACGAAGAAGGCGCCAUGUACGCCAGUGAGAUAAUAACAGUUAUCCGGUCGGUGGCCUCCCUGACGCUCGAGAGGCAUGUGUUAGAUGAAUAUAGCAAGAUUCUAUCCCAGCAGGCAGCUAAAACAAUGCGGUUCAUUCUAAUAACUUCCACUCUUUACGCCGCAUCACAGUCGUUCACAUUCUUCUGUAUGGCGCUCGCAUUUUGGUAUGGUGGAACGCUCUUGGCAAACGAUGAAUAUAAUAUGCUACAGUUCUUCAUAUGCUUUGUUGCUCUGAUUUCUGGCGCACAGAUUGCAGGAGCAAUAUUUAACUUUGCCCCGGAUAUGAGCAAAGCGCUGCAUGCUGGGCAGCGUUUGAAAGACCUCUUUGAAUUGAAGCCAAAUAUUGAUACAUGGGAUACCACAGGCCAAAGCGUUGCCGAGAGUGCCGGACAGAUUGAUAUCGUCAACGCCAGUUUCCGGUACCCAAAUAGGCCCGAAAGGCUAGUCCUUGAUGAACUCAGCCUCAGCAUCCAACGUGGCCAGUACGUGGCAUUGGUAGGUCCCAGCGGCAGCGGGAAAAGCACCGUGAUCCGCUUAUUAGAGAGGUUCUUUGAUCCGACUGAGGGUAAAAUUUUCGUUGAUGGAAAGGAUAUUUCCCAGCUCAAUAUUAACGACUACAGAAACUUGAUAUCAUUGGUUAGCCAGGAACCUACCCUGUAUGAGGGAUCAAUCCGGGAUAAUAUCCUUCUGGGAACCGAAAGGAAAGUAGAGGAAGACGAACUGGCGGAAGUGUGCAAGAAAGCAAAUAUCUACGACUUUAUCACCACUCUACCGCUGACGGAUAGUUCUAGAGAUGGGUUUGCAACGUUGGUCGGCGUUGGGGGGACCAUGCUCAGCGGAGGUCAAAGGCAGAGACUCUCGCUUUCUCGCGCUCUACUUCGAAACACUAAGAUCCUGCUUCUUGACGAGGCAACGUCAGCCUUGGAUUCGGAGUCUGAGAAGGUGGUUCAAGCUGCGCUUGAUAACGCUGCAAAAGAACGAACGACUAUUGCCAUCGCUCACCGAUUGAGUACAAUUCAAAAUGCCGAUUUGAUCUGUGUUCUAGAUCAUGGGCGGUUGGUCGAAAAAGGAACAUAUUCCCAACUCAUAGGCAAAAAAGGCCUAUUCUACAGUCUAGUCCAGAUGCAAUGUCUCGGUGCGGUUGGCACAUCUGGGGAUUAA